AUGACGACAGCUUCAAGUUUACAAAUACAGUUAAAUUCUAUUAAAAUGCGUAAUGGUGAGGAUGUAAAUGAUUAUUGUCAUAGAGUAGAAAAAUUAUAUUAUAAAUUAUGCACUGCAUGUACACUUAACAAAGAAGAAUCGGAAGCUAGACUAAUACAUGAAACUUUAAAAGAACAAACACUAAAUAUUUUUAUAAAAGGAUUAAUAACUCCAAUAAGAACAAUUGUAAAAGCACGUAAUCCUAAAACUUUAGAGGUAGCUAAGCGAUUGGCUAAAGCUGAGGAGGUAGAGUAUAAUACAGAGAGAGAAAAUUCUAGAUAUAGAAACGAUUUUUCUAAUAAUAAAGACCUAGAACUGGUGUUAAAAAACCUAAAUCCGUUACUAAUAAGUUUAUUUUGA